UAUGUAAUUCAGUAGUUAUGUUACCACUCAACACAAUUUUGUUUUGUUUAAUGUAAAAUAUGCUGUUUAUUAAGAUAAAAUAUUGUGCCAUUUAUAUUGUAACUUUAAUGUUUCUAUCAUUUGUAAUGUAUUUUAUAUUUAUACAGAAUGAACCUAAUUAUAGAUCCAUAGAACCAAAACGACCACUAACAAUAGUUGAAGAAAAACAAAGAGUAUUUUUUCUAAAAACUCAUAAAUGUGCUGGCACUACUAUACAAAAUAUACUGAUGCGAUAUGGCCAUAAAGAAAAUUUAGAUUUUUUGUUGCCAAAUAAAAAUAAUUAUGUAGGAAAUCCCGAACAUUUUAAUAUUAGCAUGGUAAUUAAUGUCACUGCAGAUAAUAAGUUUGACUUAUUUGUACAUCAUACCAGGUAUUCUCAAGAUGUAAAAUCUGUUAUGAGAUCUGGUACAUUUUUUGUAACUAUUUUACGUGAACCAACAUCGUUGUUUCAGUCAAUGUACUCGUUUUAUCAUUUUGAAAAAAAAUAUAAAAACAAUUUAACCAAAUUUAUAAGCAACCUCUCAAAUAAUUCAUCAUUCAGAAAAAAUGUACAACGUUAUAGUAAAAAAUUAGGAAUAAAUCAAAUGAGUUGGGACUUAGGAAUGGCUCCUGAAGAUUUUGAAAGUACAAAAAUGAUAAAUAAAUUUAUAGAUAUUAUCGAAAAUGAUUUUGAUUUUAUAAUGAUAUUUGAAUAUUUAGAUGCAUCUCUUGUUUUAUUUGCUAAUUUAAUGCAAUGGCCAUUAGAGCGGGUAGCCUAUUUGCCACUUAACACCAGUAAUGAUACACAUAAACCAAUAAUAACAAAUUAUGAUGUUAUGCAAUUAGAAAAAGUCAACAUGGCUGAUAAUAUGCUAUACAAAUGGUUCUUAGAAAAAUUUAAAGAAAAGAUAUAUAAAUAUGGAAUAAAAAAAUUAAAAAUAGGAAUUGGAAAAUUAAUGGCUAUAAAUCAAGAAAUCAGAGAAAAAUGUGUGAAAUCGAUUACAAAUAAAGGUUAUGCCAAAACCUUUUCAUAUGAAUUAAAGGAAAAUACUAAUAUUUGCCAAUAUAUUACAAUGAAUGAAUUGAAGUACACAUCAUAUCUGAGGAAUACACAAUAUGAGAGACAUAGAAAAUAUAAAGCACUUGAUAAAUUAAUGAAUAAUAAUUAAAUAUUACAAAAUAUAUUAUUAUACAAAUUUA